CGCUUCCUCAACGGGGUUUUUGAGCGACUGUAAGAUUCAUUCCCUCCUUUUUUUUUUGUAACGGCCUUGUUACUAAGAGAGAGAUUACAGUUACAGAUAGAUCACGAUUGGUGAUUUUCGUUGCGUUACGAUUUAGAGAGAGAGAGAGAGCACUGAAUCCAAGGCUCGUGGCUUUUCUACAAUUAAAUUCUCAUUUAGAGCCACUCUUCUUCUAAGUGUGUGUGUGUGUUCUGUUUCAGAGAAGAAGAUUUAUUCAAGCAUUGACUUGGUUAGAAAGAAAGCUAGAGAGGUGAUGACGAUAGGAGAUAAUAUGUAUGAAGAGUUAUGGAAACUAAGUGCGGGACCUCUCGUUGAUGUUCCUCAAGCUGAGGAAAGAGUUUAUUACUUCCCUCAAGGUCACAUGGAACAACUUGAAGCGUCAACGCAACAAGACUUGAAUACUAUGAAGCCGCUUUUCGAACUUCCUCCUAAGAUUCUAUGCAGAGUCAUGAACGUUCGUCUUCAGGCUGAGAAAGAGACGGAUGAAGUGUAUGCUCAGAUUAUGUUGAUGCCUGAAGUAACUGUUGAUGAGCCUAUGAGUCCUGAUCCUUCACGUCCUGAGUCCCAAAGGCCAAAGUUUCACUCUUUCACCAAGGUUUUAACUGCAUCUGAUACAAGCACCCAUGGUGGCUUCUCUGUUCUAAGGAAACAUGCCAACGAAUGCCUUCCUCCCCUGGAUAUGACUGAGCAAACUCCGACCCAGGAGUUGGUAGCUGAAGAUGUGCAUGGUUAUAAGUGGAAGUUUAAACAUAUUUUUAGAGGACAACCACGGAGACAUCUUUUGACUACAGGAUGGAGCACCUUUGUCACCUCAAAGAGAUUGGUUGCUGGGGACACCUUUGUUUUCCUCAGAGGGGAGAACGGAGAGUUGCGUGUUGGAGUCAGACGUGCUAGUAGUCAUCAACAGAGCAGUAUGCCUUCAUCAGUCAUAUCAAGUCAUAGUAUGCAUCUUGGAGUUCUUGCUACUGCAUACCAUGCUACUCAAACCCGGAGCAUGUUCACCGUUUACUAUAAACCAAGGACAAGCCAAUUCAUCAUUAGCUUGAACAAAUAUCUGGAAGCCAUGAACAAUAAAAUCUCUGUAGGGAUGAGGUUUAAGAUGAGGUUUGAGGGAGAUGAUUCCCCUGAGAGAAGAUUUUCUGGCACAGUUGUUGGUGUUCAAGACUGCUCCCCUCACUGGAAAGACUCAAAAUGGCGAUGCUUGCAAGUUCAUUGGGAUGAACCUGCAUCGUUUACAAGACCAGAUAAGGUUUCACCAUGGGAGAUGGAGCCAUUUGUAACUUCAGAAAACGUUCCCCAAUCAGUUGUGAUAAAGAAAAGACCCCGUCAUGUUAACGAAGUAUCUGCACUUGAUGUUGGCGUACCAACUUCAAACUUUUGGAGUUCUGCAUUGACACAAUCCCAUGAGUUUUCACAAUCAUGCAUCACGAGGAAUUCUCCUCAGCAUUAUUCUGAUUGGCCAGUUAGUCCUUACUCAACACUCAACGGUCAGAUGGUUUUCUCAGCCGAGCAGAAGAAGCCUGAGACUACUGCUAGUUGUAGAUUAUUUGGAAUUGAUCUGAUGAGUUCCUCUCCACGGCCUCCCGAGGAGAAAACUGCAUCCAUAAGGCCAAUAAACAUAGCUAAACCGACUCUGGACAGCAACGCAGACCCAAAAUCCUCUGAUAUUUCAAAACUAUCAGAGGAGAAAAAGGAGGAACCUGCUCAGGCAUCACCAAAAGAGGUUCAAAGUAAGCAAAUAAGUUCGACAAGAAGCCGUACCAAGGUGCAGAUGCAAGGCGUACCAGUGGGCAGGGCUGUGGAUUUAACACUAAUAAAUGGGUACAGUGAGCUUAUAGACGACCUUGAGAAGCUGUUUGACAUAGAAGGUGAGUUGCAGAGUCGUAAUCAAUGGGAAAUAGUGUUCACAGAUGAUGAAGGAGAUAUGAUGCUACUCGGUGAUGACCCAUGGCCUGAGUUCUGCAACAUGGUGAAGAGGAUAUUUAUAUGGUCAAAAGAAGAAGUGAAGAAAAUGACUCCCGGGAAUCAACUCAGGAUACUGUUAACGGAAGUUGACAAAACAAUCUCCAAAACAGAGAACUAUUCCAACUAAUUUCUUGACACUCUCUGUGUCUCAUUCUUAUCAGCUUUGUCUUGGAAACCACGUCUUGUCACAACAAAAGUAAAGGCUUAAAGAGUGUCUCUCGUUUUUUAAGCUUCUUGUGGAGAAAGAAUGCUCAUGGGUUUCUUCUAUUUUUCAAGGUAGGCUUUUGUAAGUUCUAAUUAUUUUUCUUGUUAGAAACUUGUGUGUGUGUGUGUGUGUGUGUAAGAGAUACGACGAUGUAACAAACAGAGAAGUAGUCAAUAAGAUUGUGAAUAACUGGGGAGAUGUUUGGAUUAUUUAAGAGGGAUCAUCCUCAUGUCUCGUCUAAGCCUU